GGGAUUUAAUGGCACAGCAGCCAAUAGGAAGUAGCGCGUCUCCGGAGGGCGUGACUCGGUGGCUACAGCAGCCAAUAGGAAGCCUGAAUGCUCCUGUCACACAGAUCGAUGAGUCAAAGCGGAGCAGCAGAAACAGGUCCACUUGUUGCCGAGCAGGAGCUGAGAGCGUCAUCUGAGCGGACCGGACCGCGGAAUUCUGAUCCGUUUGCGCCGCUCCGAGCCUGAAAUCUGUCGGACCGCCACCCGAACCGGACCGAACAUCCACCUCCUGCAGAUACAGGACCUCAGGCAGACUGAGUAACUGCUCCCACCCUCUGGUACCGGAACAUGGAGGGUUCCGCUGCGACCCGUCUCCCUGCCGUGGUUUUUCUCACAAGAGCUUGAUCCGUUUCUUCUGUGAGCCCGGGUACCACAUCAGCAACAAGGUGACGCCCGUCUCCAGGUGUCAUCGCGGCAGGUGGAGCCCGCCCAUCCCCAAAUGCAUCAAAGACGGUCCCAACAUGAAGUCCAGCGACGACGACUCGAUGCCCAGCAUGGCCACCACGGCGGUGGGCGUGUCCAUCUUCCUGCUCACCACCACUGCCUGCCUGGUCAUCAAGUCCCGCCUCUACCCCUGUCAAUCACCCGGUGGCCGUCGGUCUUCGGACCAGUUGGACCUGAUGGUGGACGGACUUCCCGUCUCCCUUCCGUCCUACGAGGAGGCGGUUUACGGCAGCUGGGGCCAGAGGAUCCCGCCCUGCUCCAGCCCCGGACCCACGCAGCUCCUCCUGGCCCAGGAGGCUCCGGACAACCAGCCGGACGGCACCCUGCGCCCCCUCCUGUCCCGGUCGGGUCCCAGCUCUGAGAACCCCCCUCCCCCGUACGAAGAGGUGCAGUCGUCCCGUCCCAGAGACCGUCUCAAUGAGGGGACACGUCUCCACAUCUCCGUCUCGGACGACAAGGACACUUGAUUUGGGAUUCCCGGGGUUCACGGCUGAACUGAGCGGACUCCUGGACUGUCUGCACUUUUUCCUGCCUCCUCGGCGUCAGGACCAAUCACUCGCCGGCUGAGACGAAAGAGCAGCUCUGAUUGGCUCACAGAGCCCUCUGGCUGAGGACUGACGUGCUUUUUUUAAAAUAAAUGAACUUUUGAUUGUUGUGUGAAUGAAUGUAGGCGACACGAGGUGGAUGUAAUUUGCACGAACACAUCUCCGCUGUCCGCUCAUUUUAGCUUUUUUUUUCUUUUUUUAACAAGGUCAGAAUUAAUUUAUUGACAUUUAGAGACGUUUGUCCUCUGCUCCCCUCAGUGACUGGGCUCGUCGAGGCUUCGGCUGCUUGCUGUUACAGAAACGUGCCUGUUUCCUCUGGUGUCUAAGACUUUUGCACAGCGUUUGUGUUUAGAUUCUCUGUGCGCGGAAAGUUAUUUAAGGAAAUUAUCUGUAAAGCAAAUGUAGAAAUUUAACAAAAAAAUCUGUUAUUAUGUCCAAUCAGUGACGAGAGAAGUGAACUUAUAUUUUUAUUUGAUUUAAAGGCAGUCAAUCACUGGAGACUAAUGAGUGUUUUUAUAUUAAAAUAAUCCACGUUUUUUUUCCACAAAGUGCUAAAACUCUCUGAAAUAACCUGAAGCUGUUUUGAUUUAUAAGCUUUGAUUGUUUGUCCUCAUCUGCAGGGCUCCUUUUUAUUUUGUUAAUAUUUUAAUUAUUAUUGCAGCGAUGCCUUGACAGACUUUGAAUGUAUUUAAUAUUUUAUUUUAUGGCCACAAAUUGUAACUAAUAUAUGGAUUGUAAUAUUUACAGAUGAUUAUUUGUAUUAUUGCACAGAGUUUUAAGGUAAAUAAAUGUUUAAGUGUUUUUAUCAUA